CUGCAAAAAGUAAGAGUGAGGGCAAAUCGGUAAGUAUUCCAAGCUGCUUUGGUUACCCCUUGAGCAUCUUCUUCAUUGUCAUCAAUGAGUUCUGCGAGCGGUUCUCCUACUAUGGCAUGCGAGCGGUGCUCGUUUUGUAUUUCAAGUAUUUCCUGCAAUGGGAUGAUAACUUGUCUACAGCCAUCUACCACACAUUCGUUGCUCUGUGCUACCUGACACCGAUCCUUGGAGCACUCAUUGCGGACUCCUGGCUGGGAAAGUUUAAGACCAUUGUCUCCUUGUCCGUUGUCUAUACGAUUGGACAGGCAAUCAUGUCUGUGAGCUCCAUCAAUGACCUGACGGAUCACAAUCGGGAUGGCUCUCCCGAUAAUGUAUCGGUGCACAUUGCUCUGUCCAUGAUUGGCUUGAUCCUCAUUGCACUUGGUACUGGUGGGAUCAAACCUUGUGUGUCAGCAUUUGGUGGAGAUCAGUUUGAAGAUCAUCAGGAAAAACAAAGAACUAGAUUCUUCUCUAUCUUUUAUUUGUCCAUUAAUGCUGGAAGUCUCCUAUCUACUAUAAUCACCCCAAUUCUCAGAGCUCAAGAGUGUGGCAUUCACAGCAAACAGCGAUGUUACCCACUAGCUUUUGGAGUUCCUGCUGCCCUCAUGGCUGUCGCCUUGGUUGUGUUCGUCAUUGGAAGCAGAAUGUACAAGAAAGUUCAACCUCAAGGAAAUAUAAUGAUUCAAGUUUCCAGAUGCAUUGGAUUUGCCAUCAAAAACAGGUUUCGGCAUCGCAGCAAGGAGUUCCCCAAGAGAGAGCACUGGCUAGACUGGGCGAGUGAGAAGUACGAUAAACGACUGAUUGCUCAGACUAAGAUGGUGCUGAAGGUGCUUUUCCUUUAUAUCCCUCUCCCCAUGUUCUGGGCGCUUUUUGACCAGCAGGGGUCAAGAUGGACACUACAAGCCACAACAAUGGAUGGGAAUUUUGGUUCUAUUCAGAUUCAGCCAGACCAAAUGCAGACUGUGAAUCCAAUCCUGAUUGUUAUAAUGGUCCCAGUUGUAGAUGCUGUGGUUUAUCCUUUAAUAAAGAAAUGCAAGAUCAAUUUUACGCCCCUGAGGAAGAUCACUGUUGGUAUGUUCCUCGCAUCCAUGGCUUUUGUUGCUGCUGCCAUUUUGCAAGCUCAAAUAGACGUAAGUUCAGCUGCAU